GAAAUUUUACGUUGGUUUAUUCUUCGUAUGCACUACACUUAUGGUAAUGUUGUAUUACGAGAAAAGAGUCGAAAAUGUAAUCUUCUUUUCUUUCAACAAUAACAUCAAUAUUCAAAAUCAAUUACAUAACAACGAGAGAUAUAUCAGGCAAAAUUAUCAGUCAUCAAAUAAAAGUUAUGAUUUUGCAAAAUCUAUGCCGACUAUGGAAGUGAUUGUGGGAUAUAUUAGAAAAGACGAUUCCUAUCAAAAUAAUGUUAAGUUAAAACCUUUCGAAUUAAACCAUAAUAAUUAUUCGCCAAUCAAAGGAGAAGGUGAUUUAGGUCGUCCGGUAAAUGUGCCAUUUAAUUACAAACAUAUUAUUAGCAAAUAUUGGUCAGCUAAUCAAUUCAAUUUAUUAGCUAGCGAUAUUAUAUCAGUGGAUAGAAAUUUGAGCGAUGUUAGAUCUAACAAGUGCAAAAACAUUAUUUACGAUUCAAUUUCGAGUCAAGCUUCGGUUAUCAUAAUAUUUCACAACGAGGCUUGGUCUACAUUGAUUAGAACCAUACGCAGUGUCAUAAAUAGAUCCCCUCGACGAUUGAUACAUGAAAUUAUAUUGGUUGAUGACGCCAGUGAUAGGGAAUUUUUAGGACAGACACUAGAACUUUUCAUAGCUGAACUUGAAAUUAUGGCUAAAUUAUAUCGAAUGCCUCAGAGAUCAGGAUUAGUUGCAUCUAGGUUACUAGGGGCCGAAAAAGCUAAUAGUGAAAUACUAAUAUUUUUGGAUUCACAUUGCGAAUGCACUCCUGGAUGGUUAGAGCCUUUGCUGGAUAGAAUUAACAGUAAAAAAAAUGUUGUUAUCUGCCCAGUGAUAGAUGUGAUUAAAGAUGAUACAUUUGAAUAUUCCCUAGGACUUCCAAAUACUUGGGGUGGAUUUAACUGGAAAAUGCAAUUCCGUUGGUACAAUAGUAAGAUUAGAACAAACAAAAAACGAUUAACAUAUGACACUCCCACUAUGGCUGGUGGACUUUUUGCUAUACGAAAAGAUUAUUUUCAAGCUAUAGGAACUUACGAUGAUGAAAUGACCAUUUGGGGAGGAGAAAACCUAGAGCUUUCGUUUAGGGUUUGGCAGUGUGGUGGAUCGAUAGAAAUUCAUCCGUGUUCGCAUGUAGGCCACGUUUUCCGCAAAAAUUCCCCAUACACAUUUCCCGGGGGAGUCAUGCCUAAUUUAAACAGAAAUUUGGCCCGCUUGAUAGAGGUUUGGCUGGAUAGCUACAAAAAUUUCGCCUAUUUCAUUUCUCCGGAUAUCAAAAUUUUCAAGUAUUUGACUAACAUAUCAUCCCGUAUCGAUUUAAAAAACAAAUUACAUUGCAAAAAUUUCGAUUGGUACCUUCAAAAUAUAUAUCCCGAAAAUUAUUUCCCCAAUAAUUACACAUAUUUUGGAAAGAUAAUCCAAAAGAAUACUAAUUUAUGUUUGAAUGCGAAGGUCGGUAUAAAUGGACUUUAUUCUCAAUUAUCAUUAAUCGAAUGCCAUAAACUAAAGUCAACUAAUCAACUAUUUAUAUUCAAGAAAAAUGGUAUGAUCAUGACCGAGGAGUUCAUGUGCCUAGACAGUUAUGAAUUACAAUUGAAAAAUCCAAAUAUUAUGUUAGAACACCGCAUCGUUUUAAGAUUGUGCGAUUAUUCGAAAUCAUCCGAGAAAUGGACCUAUGAUUACAAAACAAAUCAAUUGAAGAAUAUCUGGAAUAAUCUUUGCCUAACUGUGGAGAAAAAUAAUUUUACAUCGCUAUGGAAUUUAGAGAUGAAAAAAUGCUCUGUAACUCGCUCCACGCAGCAAAGUUGGAUAUUUUCCAAUAUAUCAUGGAUAACUUAACAUAAAUAAUUUUUGAAAUUAGUUAAUAAAUCUUUCUUAAAUUAUAUUUAACAUAAUAUUUU